GACACGACUAGCGUGGGAAAAAACGUGUUUAUAGGCUAAGAGGUGAGAGAUUCAGUGAGACGGUUGAACAAUUUUCUGCUUAACUCAGCAUAGUUAUGGGCGGUGCUUCAAGAGCCAAGUCAAAUUGGUUUAAGCAUAAAAAUCCGAAGAAUCGUAACAGUAAACUUGUCCUGAAAUUUGACGAGGAGGAUCGAAAUGACUUUUUAACUGGUUUUCAACGAAGAAAAAAAGAACGAAGGGAACAUGCUCAGAAAAUUGCGUUGGAAAGGCAAAAGGAAGAAAAACUACAAGCAAGAAAAGAACGAAGAGAUGCCAAGAAGGAGUUGCUUAGCAACACAGAACUGUAUUUUCCAAAAGAUUUUGAAAGUGAAUUAAAACAGAAAAGUAAAGCAGAGGUGUUUGAUCAUGCACACCACACAGUUACUGUGACAACAGUUACCAAGGUAGAUUUGUCUGAGCAUGGUGGCUUGGGAGCAAAUAAGUUUGAAUAUGAAGAUGAAGAGAAUGUAGAAGACAGUGAGGAAGGUUCAAAUAGUGAAGAAGAGGAAAAAAUAAAUAUAAAGAAAACAAAGAAAACUUUAUCUAAUAAAAGCAAAUGGCAUAGCUCGGAUAUUACGAGACAGAAAUUCUGGAUGAAACUAAAGGCGAGGAAGCAGAAAUUAAAGAAACUCUCCAAAUGUGAUCCACAAGCAUUUAGUAAAAGUAAACAACAACAGAGAAGACUUUUAAAGAAACAUGGUCGGAGGAAAUGACAUUUGAAUUACAUUAUUUUGGUUAUGAAAAGUUAAAAAAGGAAAUUCUGUUGGAAUGUAGUGAAGAAAGUGUGUUAAAAAAAGCUUGUCUUCAAUUGGAAGGAACAAUAAACAUGUGAAAUGUAUUAAUAUGAAUUGACAUGUUAGCUAAUGAAUAUUAUAUAUGUAUGUAAACGAACAUGAACAUUUAAGGUAUACAGUACUUUGGAACGUACAGUAAUAAUGAUCCAAUUUCAGUUCAUAUCUUUGAAACUUAUUUGUAAAGUGACAACUUGUAGAAUUAGUAAAAGUAAUGAUUAAUGCAUUUA